GUGAAGUCGAAACAUACUUGUUGUCAUCUUGAAUUUCGAAUCUACGAAAUAUGACGAAAAACAAAAAAGGUAAAAAGGCUGAAAAAAGGAAGUACCAUGUUCCAAACAGAGAGGCUUUUCAUAGAAUGAAUUUUUUGUAUCAGGCAGCUCAUUCUACGCUGGUGCAGAAUCCUAAUAACAUUGAAUUAUCUAGGUUUUAUAUUGCAACAAUGAAAACUAUAGCAAAGAGACUAGUAUUAAGAAUAGAUCCCUCUGUCAAGAGAACAAUAUGUAAAAGAUGUCAUACCUUACUACUUCCUGGAAUAACUUCAACAGUUAGAAUGAGAGCUAAAAGAGAGCGCCAUCUAGUGGUAACAUGUAUAUUCUGCAAACAAGUCAAGAGAUUUCUUACACGAGAAGGUCAUCAACUAUGGUCAGAGAAACCAGAAUUACGAUUGGAUACACAGAUAGAUAAGCAGGCAGCUGAUAAAGGCUUACUUCCGUAAAGAGAGAGAUAUAAUUUGUUGUAAGAAUCCUGCUUUUUUUAACUUUACUGCAGCAUAGAUAAUCGAAUGUGAAAGUUUUGCUCUAUUAAAAGGACAUCUCCAACAGUGCAAUUAACCCAAAGAUGACUGUUUUGGUUUAUCUCUUAUGCACCAUAAGUUUUGAACCAUCACCAAUUAAACUUGUACUGAAUUUAUGUCAUUAAUGUAUUGAGUGCAUUGGCUUGUAAUGGAGAUAUGACUUGGCAUGUAGGGCAGCAACAACGGUCUUCCACUUCUGUCUGUCCUGGGCUAGCUUCUGUAUAGUUCCUCAGGUGUGUUGGAUGGUCCUCAGCUCCUCUUCCAUAUUUACAUCAUCUUUCUGGUGUCCAAUGCAGGGCUGUGCGGGUGAUGUGUCCAGGCCAUCUCCAUCUCCAUUGCCAUUGCAUGAUGAUGGUUUCCUUGUUGUCCUGGUUGCAGUG